AUGACGUGGCAAAUUCCCUUAUCGAGUCCUAUAGCCCCAGAAACCAACUACUACGUAUUGGGAUUUCGAGAAAGAAAGGAAAUAGAAGGCAGAAAGAUGAUACUGGCGCCUUCGGCUUCUUCCAUGUUCAUGUCUCCCGCUAAAUUUAGCAAGGGUUUCUAUAAAACGGAGUAUAUGCCUCCAAAUUUCGUCUUCUAUUCUUCCAUUUUAUCCGACGAUUUUAGUGCUAAAGCUUCUUUCAGGUGUUUUUGCACUAAGAAGGAAGAUUCAGAUAACGUUUCUGAGGGGUUUUGUGUGCUCUCAACGGAUAUUCCAUGGGACAGUGAGAGUAUAUGGAGCACUAUGGCUUUGUAUUUCUUCAGUUUACACAUCCCUUUGAGUUUUGGAGGAUUGUCUGUAAUUUCUCAAAUAAGGCAUCAACCCGUUCUUGACCCGCAGACAGAGGCAACUUCUCUACUUAUAAUACAAAGUUUGGAGCUCCUGGGGUCUUUGAUGCUAUUGAGGUACAUAGCAAAGUCCAAAUAUGAUCCUGUGAGUUUCUUCUACUGUAGCAACUUAUCGAAAGAAAGGAACUGGGUGCAGGCAUCAAUGCUUGGUUUUGGGUUUCUGAUUUUGCUGGUUUUGCAUACAUCUCUUCUUGCUGACAGAGUACUUGGGCCCAAGGCUGUGAACAACCCCAUACUAAAGGAGAUUUUGUCAAGUGGAUUCAAUUCUAAAACUGCCUGCUUCCUUACCUAUUGCUUAAUCACUCCCUUGCUAGAAGAAAUUGUUUACAGAGGAUUUCUGUUGAGAUCCCUUGCCUCUAGGAUGAAUUGGCAGCAAGCAAUUGUUCUAAGCUCUUGUAUUUUCAGUGCUGCUCACUUAUCUACUGAGAACUCUCUGCAACUAUUUAUUAUCGGGUGUGUUCUUGGAUGUUCAUAUUGCUGGACUGGGAAUUUAAGUUCAUCUUUCGCCGUGCAUUCCUUGUACAAUGCAGUAAUUCUAAUGAUUACCAUCUUAUCUUAAAAUUUUGUGGAAAAGAAGAAAGAAAAGCUUUAAAUGUGAAACCAUUUUCUUCUGCUACCAA